AUGAUCAAGGAAUUCCUCCUCGCCUACAAAAGCAGUCUCGUGGUUUUACUAGCACCACUUCUGUUUAUGCCCUUACUAUUCGCAAAUGAAAAAGACGCGCUGGGAGAAGAACUCUAUUGUGAGCUGUUCGGACAGGAAGCUUGUUCCUCCGUGUUUGGUGACGCCAACAACAAUGGGGUGGACAUUCCUCCGCAGCCCGUUAUGUUCAAGUGCGCGUAUGUCGUCGCCGUCAUGGUUGUUUUUUGGUGCUUCGAAGCAGCUCCCCUCAGUGCUACCGCCUUGAUUCCGCUUUUUGCUUACCCACUCCUUGGGAUCGUCCCUGCGAAAAAAAUCUGCGCUUCGUAUUUUAAGGAUGUCAUUGUGCUCUUUCUGGGAGGCCUCACUCUUGCUAUAUCUAUCGAAGUCUGGAAUCUUCACAAACGAAUUGCGUUAUGGGUUCUUACGAAAGUUGGAAGCAAGCCAUCUUACCUCCUCGCCGGUUUCAUGGCGACAACGAGCUUCAUUUCCAUGUGGAUGUCAAAUGUCGCCACGACCGCGAUGAUGGUGCCGAUCGCAAAAGCUGUUCUCGACCAGUUAGAAGAUGCGAUUGAAGAUGAUUCCUCAAAAGAACCCUCGGAUCAAGGUGAAACCUCAAAUUUGAUCCAGGAGAAAGCGAAGAUUGUACCAAGUGGCACAGAAGAGACAGUAAUUAAAAAGCGAAUGCUUCUAGGAUUGUGCAAGGCCCUUAUGCUCGGAAUCGCUUACUGCGCAUCAAUUGGCGGGGUUGGAAUGCUGACUGGCACUGGUCCCAACCUUAUCGCCGCGCAGGCAGCAGACGAGCGUUACAAAUUUUCUGUCAACUUCGUCAAUUGGGCCUCGUUCGCCACUCCCUUAUCUGUUCUUAUGACGAUUAUUACCUGGGUGGUCCUUGUCUUUGUCUUUUUGCGAGACAGCGAGUCGCACAAGGUCGAUCAAGAAAAACAAGCAAGGGAGACGUCGAAAAUUAUCAAGGACCAAUAUGCUGCGCUUGGAGAGGUCACCUUUGCCGAAAAAAUGAUCAUCAAAUGCUUCUUCUUGCUCCUAACUCUUUGGCUAACUCGUGCGCCUGGUGGACCUGGAACUGGCUGGUCCCAAUUUUUCAAAUCUGGCUAUCCAAGCGACGCUUCCGCGGCCCUUUUCGUCGCAUUCUUGCUCUUCUUGCUGCCCGCUGAAAAACCUUUCCAACGCGACGAAAAUGGCAAAUUCAUAAUCUCAAAACCGCUCGUCACUUGGAAGCAAAUGGCUUCGAAAAUGUCCUGGGGAGUUAUUUUUCUCCUCGGCGGCGGUUUCGCCAUGGCCUCUGGGAUCACUUCCUCAGGACUUGGCAAAUUUGUUGGGUUAAAAAUGCAAGCGCUGAAGGGUCUUCCAUCCUAUCUGAUGGUGCUCGUUUGUUGCCUGACGAUUAACCUCAUGUCUCAAGUGACCUCCAACUCAUCGACCAUGACCAUCUUCGCGUCGAUCCUCUGCGACAUGGCCGAGAAUCUGAACAUCAAUCCGAUGUUUAUUUUGAUUCCAAGCACGGCCGCUGUCUCUUUUGCUUUCUCGCUGCCCGUCUCGACUCCUCCGAACGCUGUUGUCUUUGAAUAUGGAUAUCUGUCAAUGCUGGACAUGGUCAAGGUUGGCCUUCCGCUGUCCCUGAUCGGCGCGUUCUUGUCUUCCGUGGCUAUUCUAUUAUUCGGUGGUUUGCCAACAACUUUCGAUGCGUACAACCCAUGUCCUGAAUAUCUGAUUGAAGGGGACGCGUUAACGCAAAUUUGCAUGCAAUCUAUCAACCUCGGUAAUAUUUCAGUGAGCUCUUAG